GUCAUUUGGGAUUCAACGGCAACCAAAAAAGAAGAAGAAGAAGAAGAAGGAAGAGAAGAACCCACCACCACCAAUCGCUGUCGGGCCGUCGCCACCUCAGAUUCAAUCGCCGUCGCCGUCGCCACCUCUGCCGUCGCUCCUCAAGCUUAUUAAACAGAACUAGGAUCAUUCUACAUCAAGGUGUCUUGCGUGCAAGUAAAAAGGAAAAUAAAAAUGUUGAAGCAUGUCUUUGGGAAGGUGUGGAACAAAGGGGUUCAUGUGUAUGGAGGAAACAGAGUUCUGCCUUGCCUGUAUGUGCCCACCAGUGGUUUCCACAGUGGACAGGUUCAUUGUGCACAGAGAAGUUUUUUCGGGGUAGAGGAUUUCCUUGAUGAUAACAAUAGCCGGCCAUACACUUACCAGAAAGAGAAGAUAUCCAAAAAUCCACAAAAACAUGUAUCAUUCAAACAGCGCACCAUAGCCUACAUUGAACCAUUUACACUUGAUGUGUUCAUCUCAAAGCGGUUUGUUUCGGCCUCAAUCACCCACCGAGUGACAUGCAAGCAGGUUGCAGUUGCUGGUACCAACUCCAAAGACAUUAAGGCCGUCCUCAAGUCUCGGUGCGACAUACCAGCCUGUUUGGCCGUAGGCCAAAUCUUGGCUGAUAGGGCAAGAGAAGCUGAUGUCUACACUGCUUCUUAUACUCCCAGGGACAGGGACAAGUUUGAAGGGAAGAUUAGGGCAGUUGUUCAAUCCCUCAUUGAUAGUGGGAUUGAUGUUAAAGUUUAUCUUGACUGAAUUGGUUUUUCUUUCUCCUUUGAAUUUACUUUUCUUUGGACGCUGUGGGAGCUUUUGUAUGGAACUCUUAUUUGUGAUUAUAAAGGCAUAUCAAGGGUGUUUCAAUGGGUAAAACAGACCUUGUGUUGGGUAUCAAAACUGGGUUGAAGCUUUUUCUCUUUGAUUUUGAUCUUAAGCUUUUGUAUGUGGUUUACAAAGCAUCCUCUUCAGGUGGCCAAAAGCAUUUGGCGGGGCCUUCCCUGCUCAGGUCACAUUUUCUUAGAUCUAUCUCUCCUUAUUUGCUUUGUUUAGUUAACCAGACAUGUAUGCUGAUGACUUGAAAACUUUAGGUGCGGUUCAACGCAGAGAAAGAUUGUCUUCCUCUACCCGAGAGUGUUUUCAAGAAGGCAAUACAAGAAAACUAUAAUGAGAAAAAGAAGUUCAAAACAGAACUUACAGUUCCACAAGUCAGGAAGCUCACAUCACUUUUCCGACCAGCUCAAGUCCAUUCAACUGCUCUAGCCACUCAUUCUCCAGUCCAGGCUAAAGUUCAGGAUCAGGGAGUUCAUGAAGGAGCUAGGGAAUAGCUGCCACAUGCCCACAGGAAUGCACACGCUAGAUAUCCUUCUGCCAAUGGUGAUGCUAGGAGUUAUCCAGUGUUAGCUCAUGAAAGGGACCAGCGUGUUGCAUACUGAGAUAUGGCAUCUUUAAGGAGAGAGGAAACUUCUCAUGAUUUAUACCUUACUGAAAAGGAAUUUCGAGCUUAUGGUCUUCGGGAGAGAAAAGAAACGUGUCUCCUCGUAUCGUUCCUCCAGCUCUGGAAGCUCUUCAUAGAGAGUAUGAAAGAGAGCAUCUUGCAAGACAGCCAAACCUCAUUUACGGGGAGGCUGUUCCUGCACAUCGAGAAAAUGUUCAUUCCGAUCCUCUCUACUUGAAUGAUAGAGAUUACCCGCUUAUACUCACGGUGCUAGACAUGAGUUGCCACCUGCAACUUCUGCUAUUGCUGUAGAUGCGUAUGCAAGGGAUCCAUACGGCUACUCCUAUUAUGGUUCUUCAUCAUUGGACCCAUAUCGGGCACCCCAGAGAGAGAAUCAUCUAAUUGAAACUGAUCCUGUGAGGAGAGAAACUGAUCAUGUGGAGAGAUUAUACUCAACACAUGUUGUUGGUGGUAGGAGAGAGAACUACCUGAUUGAGACUGAUCCUGUGCUAAGGAGAGAGACUAUACUCAAUGCAUGCUGCUCCUGCUGAUGCUGCAUCCGGUAAUAACCGGACAGAAAACUACCAGGCAACCAAGGCUGAUGCAUUGCCUGCGCCAGUUUCAUCUCCUUAUGCUUUUGCUGGUCCGUCAUACUCCUACCGCUAAAUAGCGCCCUCGCAUCCCCCUGUACCGUAUGUGGGCAUUUAUUUUCUUCGUUUUUGGAUUUUUUUUUUUUUUUUUUUUUUUAAGAAUAGGGAAAAAAAACUGCAUGUGACAAAUGUUUGAACUUUCAGACCCAAAGAGGGGACAAAUACUUGGAACUUGUUAAAUGCUGCCGCCGAGGUUGGAGUAUAAAUAUUGGAACUUAUUUAUUUUGCCUUGGCAAGCUUACAUGGUAAUAAUAG